ACUACCUCUACCUCUGCGGGGACAUAAAACAUGCGAAACCCAAGUCUGGGGGUCUCAGUCGGUGCCCACAAACUCAAACAGGGAACUCCCUCGACGUGUUCAGGCUGUUUUCUCCGCUGAGCGCACACUCCUCCAGCAUCCGCGAACAUGCCUUCGGGUCUGCCCGCCUCUAAAGCCGUCUACAUCGGGAUGGAAGUGGUGAUCGCCCUGUCGUCCGUCAUCGGUAACGUGAUGGUGGUCUGGGCUGUGCGCAUUAACCGGUCUCUGAGAGACACCACGUUCUGCUUCAUCGUCUCCCUGGCCUUGGCUGACAUUGCGGUCGGGGCUCUUGUCAUCCCGCUCGCCAUAACCAUCAGCAUCGGACUCCAGACGCACUUUUACAGUUGCCUGCUGGUCGCCUGCACAGUGCUCGUCCUCACGCAAAGUUCAAUCCUGGCGCUGCUGGCCAUCGCCAUCGACCGCUAUCUGAGAGUGAAAAUACCCAUGAGCUACAAGCGGGUGGUGACGCCUCGGCGAGCUGGCACGGCUGUGUUAUUGUGCUGGCUGGUGUCCAUAAUAGUGGGCCUCACGCCCAUGUUGGGCUGGAAUAACCUUCAGAGUCUCCGUGACAACGGCUCCCUGAUCACUGAAGACCUCUUGGUGACCUGUGAGUUUGAGACAGUAAUCAGCAUGGACUACAUGGUCUACUUCAACUUCUUCGGCUGGGUGCUCCCCCCUCUGCUCCUCAUGCUGGCCAUCUAUGUCGAGAUUUUCUACAUGAUCCACAAGCAGCUCAACAAGAAGGUGACAGCUAGCCACACAGACCCCAGCCGUUACUUUGGCAAGGAGCUCAAGCUGGCCAAGUCGCUGGCCCUUGUUCUUUUCCUCUUUGCAGUCAGCUGGCUGCCACUUCACAUCCUCAACUGUAUCACCCUCUUUUGUCCUGCCUGUGAUAAGCCAGUGUUCCUCAUUUACAUCGCCAUCAUUCUCACGCACGGUAACUCGGCCGUCAAUCCCAUCGUUUAUGCUUUUCGCAUCAAGAAAUUCCGCACAGCGUUUCGGAAAAUCUGGAAACUGUACGUGCUUUGUCAGGAUCCGGUCGGUCGGCUUCCUCAAAGAGGGAGCCAGAGAGGACAGAGUCAUGAGAGGAGGCUGAGGCAGAAUGAUGAUGAUGAUGAUGAUGUGUGACCAUUGGCAUCGAACUGAACUGCUGUGUAGUUUUACUCCACUGGUUCACAGAAUGGAAAAGACACCGGCGUUAUUUUCAUGCUCAAGGAAUUACCAGUAAAAACAGCCUUAAUGGCAUCGAAGGAUGUCAGAGGAGUUCAAGAGUUGAUGAAACUCCAUCAUAGACUGAUUGACUUCCUCCAUUCAACACAAGGACAGGAUGACAAAUCAGCAUGGAGAUGGGAUAAACAUCCUAAAUCAGACUUAGAUUUAAAUAAGACUGAUUGCGUAUUUCUCCACUGGCUGACAAAAUGAUGAUGAUGUCGUAUGGGACAAGGGGCUUCUCAUCAGCUUCAACACCAACCUGUUGAACUUGAAUGAGUAAGUGUACAUCUGUUAGCACACACUGUACAAUAGUAGUUUAUGCUGUAUUAUCCUUUUGACCUAAACUAAAACUCAUGGCCUUUUUCAUGUGAAUGAUCUCAAACAGUUAAGCAUCGUAUUAUGUUCCACAUUUAGAUGCUUAGUUCUGUGGCCUUAAGGACAGAAAGUAUAAUCAAGAGGUGGGUAGCAGGAAGUUUGCGCAACCAGUUUGGUGCUUUGAGAUGGACCAGGGCACAGCAUUUAUAGUAUGCUGGCUGCAUGAAUGAUAAAAUGUGAACUCUCUUGGAACUGCGCUAAUAUCAUUAGACUCAUGGACUCAUCGAUGUGUGGUGCAAUCCAGUGCAUGUGACGUUUUUUUUAACAUUUCUGAAAUCUUUUGACUGACAGAAUGACUAAUACUAGCUAAUAAUUGUAGUUGAAAAUAGAAUUCAUGCUAAAAGAAAAAUUACUUGACACUCUUUAUUAAAUAUUUGUGGUCAUGGGCAAUGAUAAAUCCAUGGAGCCACCUGUAGUAACUAUGUAAGUGCAGUUUCAUCAGUUGUUUUGAAGGGAUGACUGUGAAUCUAAAGACUAAAGGAGCUCCUCCAUCCAAUAAGAUUCAUCUGACAGGGGUAAUAAUCAUUUAAACCCUACAAUGAACCUCUAUUGUACAUGUUUCAACAGGCCCUUUCCACUGCUCGCAUGUGUUUUCAGUCUGUUUUCUCCUGAUUGUUUGUGAUGAACUACCAGUCUAGCAUCAUCUCAUCUUCCGUGCCAUUUCUGUUACAGGGCUGACUUAAACUGAUCAUUGUGGCCCUUUAAAAUGAGUGAGAUUUGACAUGAAAGAUACAAGCAGACACAUAACUGCUGACACUUAUAACAUGUACUGUAUGUGACUAAUAUAUGUAUAAAUGUAAAUGGAAGCUACUGUAUAACAUUCACCUCACUGAGCAAACAGCUGUUUAUCUCUGACACACACGUCCUCUCACAGCUGUUGAUUGAGUGAGCAGAUUAGGAAAUCCACCCUCCAAGCAUCUCAUUCGAUUUUUUUUAUGGCAUAGAUAAACGGAGGCAGGAAAGUAAGCAUAAAAUCUGACAGCAUAUGGUGCGCCCGGAUUUAAACUCACGAUGCUGUGUGUGCGUUAGCAGGUGCAAGCGCCAAAAUCCACACCCGCUUUCCCCCCUUGCUUCUGUGUAUCGAGGCUAAAACCAUCAGGGGUGGGAGGCUAUUUUUUGUGUGCACACAUCGAUCUUCUGUCUCUCAGCAGAGAGUGGGCUCAUGUGCGGCAAAUAGGUGAGUAGGUUAUGAGGAUGAGGGGUGAGGUGGGGCCGGGUGAAAGAAUGAUUCUGUUUACAAGGGAACCAGAAGGCAGCCUGCAGCUGAGGAACUCAUCAGGAGUUUACGUCUCUGCAGAGGUCAAAAUCAAGGUCAUCCUGAUGCUUUCCGAUCAAAUAAAGAGACCCGUUAAUGUGACCCUGUUGACCUCUGUCUUAACAUGCUGUGGUGCUGUGCUAGAACAUAUACAGUAUACACACAUAUACAUACAUAAUGUCUUCAUCAAGUCUACUCACUGUAUUUUCAAUGCUGCUUUUAUAGUAAUGUGAUUCUUUUCUCUUUUUGUGCUCAUGGCAAAUGCUUUUAAAGCCACUCUGUGUAGAAUUUGACAUUAUACAAGCUAUGUACAUGAUAUUACAGCAUAUUUCAAAUGAUUGAAAAUAAGUACAAGGUUUAUGAGUUGCUUUCAGCCCAUUCAUUCUGUGUCUUUGGGUGGGGUCAACAAAAGGGUGGAGGUGGUGUGGGGAUUAUACAACAUCUAAGACAGAGACAUUUGGGGUGUCAAACGCUACCAUUUUUAAUUCUAUAUAUAGAGGCUUUAAGUUUUGAUCUGUUUACUUCUGUGAUAAAUUAAACAUGAUUUGUGCAAUAUUCUUGAUGUACAUUAACAAUAUCAAAAGAAAAUCAGUAGCUUAGACCUGGAGAUACUGAAUUUAGUACUGGAGGCCCAAAGCAGUAGUACAUGCGAAUAUUGUGAGUUGUUUUGUCCAUCUCUAAUUAUGAAGGAAUAAGUGAAUAAACAAUGUAUGAAUAUGAAUAGAUGAAGUCAAAAUGCAGAAAGCCGACUCUUAAUCUCAACUGAAUGUGUACAUUGUGUCAG